AUGUCUUCAGCGACAGGCUACUCCAAUGGCAAAUCGCAGCUAAGGCAGCGUACCGGACACGAGAAAACAAAACCGUAUCUCGGGACCGAGGAGUACGUGGAAGAACUCAUCGAAAAGACAUCCACGCUUUCGCUCAAAGAACAAACUCCUCAGCUGCUGCAAUUAUGGCUCUGGAAAUACUUCGUGUCUCCGCUCAUCUUAACUGCAAUCGCUGCUUUUGUUAGACUCUACGGUAUUGGAGAUAAUCAGAGCGUGAUCUGGGACGAGGCUCACUUUGGAAAGUUUGGAUCAUACUACAUCCAACACGAAUUCUACUUCGAUGUGCAUCCUCCAUUGGGCAAAUUGUUGGUUGGCCUCUCUGGAUGGUUGGCUGGCUUUGAUGGUGUCUUCAAAUUUGAUAGCGGAAUGUCGUUUCCAAAGGGCUCGCACUUUACAUAUAUGAGGGUGUUCAAUAGUGCGUUUGGCAUUCUCUGUACCCCAUUGGCGUAUUAUUCUGCGGUGGAAUUGAACUUCAGUAUGUGGAGUAGCUGGACAGUGGGGCUUUCUGUUGCCCUUGAGAUGCUCUCGCUCAUUCUUUCGCGAUUCAUUCUUCUAGACUCGAUGCUUAUGUUCUUCACUGCUGCCACGUUCUUCUGCCUCACAAAGGUGCACACCUUGAGUUUCUCCCAGCAAUUGAUCUCUUUCCGUGGUGCUCUCUGGACGGCUUUGCUCGGAUUGUCUAUCGGCUGCGUUUGUUCUGUCAAGUUGGUGGGUCUCUUCGUCACUACCUUGGUAGGCCUUUACACGGUGUACGACCUCUUGGUCAAACUCUGCCAAACGCAAAUCACAGACGAGAAGAACGCGAAAUUCAAGAUCUCCUACUUUAAAUAUUUUUCGCACUGGGUGUUCCGUGUGGUAGGUUUGAUCGCUAUACCCAUUGCGGUCUACGUGUUGUCAUUUGUAGUUCACUUCAAGGUCCUUUCAAAAUCAGGUACUGGUGAUGGCUCCAUAUCUACUCUAUUGCAAGGUACUCUUGAAGGUAACUCUUUGAAGUAUGGUCCUAGAUCGGUCGCCUAUGGAUCCUUGGUGACAAUCAGAUCCCAGGGCCUAUCUCCAAAUAUUCUUCACUCCCACGGCCAUUUCUACCCUGAGGGCUCCCGCCAGCAACAGCUCACCACGUAUGGGUACAAGGACGAUAACAAUGAAUUCAUCUUUGAGUUUGGCUUAGAAACCUCGAAGCUGCAAAAUAGAUUUGCUACACUUCAAUAUGAUCCUGAGUCGCCAGAUACGAUUUUAGACUAUAAUACUAUCAUCAAAGACGGUGACACUGUCCGUAUUCAACACAAAUCGACUGGUGCAUUCAUCCACUCCCACUCAAUUGCAGCCGCGGUGCUGAAGUCUCAGUACGAAGCUACCUGCUAUGGUGGACUUCAUCUCGAAGACGAAAAAGACGAUUGGGUCAUUGAGAUCCAAACACAAUCACAAUCUCCUUCUCCAGAUUUUCAAAACGAAGACCCUGAAGAGCUUCAUCCAGUUUCCACAAAUUUCAGAUUGAGACACAAAGUUUUGGGCUGUUAUUUGGCUACGACUGGCUACUCUUACCCUGCUUGGGGAUUCCAACAAGGAGAGGUGGUCUGCAAACAUGCAAUUUUUGCUCUGGACAAGAGCACAUGGUGGAACAUUGAAGACCACGUGAAUGACAAGCUUGCGAUGCCAAAUGUCAGUUAUGUGCCUCCUAAUCCUAACUUCUGGAAGGAGUUUAUUUUGUUGAAUUAUGGAAUGAUGGCUUCAAACAACGCCUUAGUGCCAGACAACGAUCACUUCGAUCCGCUCGCUUCUUCUUGGUGGGAGUGGCCAAUUUUAAGAACAGGCUUGCGUAUGGCCGCGUGGCACGCGUAUUCCGUGCGCUACUUCCUCAUGGGGCAUGUUUUCAUCACAUAUCUCUCCACGAUUUGUAUUCCAAUUGCGAUUAUUGUUGUUUUUGCUACUCUUUUGAGAGGACAGAGACAAUCUCUAGACUUGAACGUAAUGGGAGCUGAUUGGAACUUUCAUUUAUCGGCGGGCAUUCUCCCUAUACUAGGUUGGGUUUUGCAUUACCUUCCAUUCGUCAUCAUGGCCCGUGUGACAUAUCUUCACCACUACGUGCCUGCGCAAUAUUUUGGCAUCUUCAUUUAUGGUUACUUACUCGAGUAUUUUGUAUCUCGGAAUAGUCCCGCUACAGUGAAAUUCACCGUGUUCUCAAUCAUGUACAUUUGCCUUGUUGGCGGUUUUUGGUAUUUGCACCCACUUGCCAUGGGCAUGCGUGGACCUUUAGAAGACUACCACUAUCUUCAACUUUUGAGCACAUGGACCCUUGGUUAA